AUGCCAAAACAUUUUACAACCAAUGGAUACUGGAAAGAAACUGGUCCAAACAAAGAUAUCAAGGAUGGAAAUGGAAAGAACAUUGGUGUUAAGAAAUCUUUGGUCUUUUACGGAGGAACAAAAACUAAUUGGAUCAUGCAUGAAUACAUAAUUAGAGAACAUCAAAGGGCUGCAAAUGAUGAACCGGAUCACAUGAAGUUGGACGAUUAUGUAUUAUGCAGAAUAUAUGAAAAGAAACGUGGCAAUUCCAAUAGGAAUACUGUCCCUAUAGUUGAUGUUGAUGACAGUGAUGAAGUUGAAGUUGAGGUUGAAGAUGGGUUUGAAGUUGAAGAGGAAGAGGAAGAUCAAGGGCAAGGUGCAGCAGCAAAUAGAGAGGAAGAAUGCAUAAAUAAAGCCGGUGAAGGUGUAGACAGAGAAGAAAUGGCAUAUCUCAAGCUAAUGUGGGUGUAG